CCACCCAUCCAUCCAUCCAUCCAUCCACCCACCCACCCACCCAUCCAUCCACCCACACAUCCAUCCAUCCAUCCUUCCACCUACCCAUCCAUCCAUCCAUCCACCCAUCCACCCACCCAUCUAUCUAUCCAUUCUUCCACCCACACAUCCAUCUAUCUACCCAUCCAUCCAUCCUUCCACCCACCAUCCAUCCACCUAUCCCUCCCCUCUAUCCAUCCGUCCACCCAUCCAUCCAUCUAUCUAUCCACCCUUCCAUCCAUCCACCCACCCACCCACCCACCCACCCACACAUCCAUCCACACAUCCAUCCAUCCAUCCUUCCACCUACCCAUCCAUCCACCCACCCACUCACCCAUCCAUCCAUCCAUCCUUCAACCCAGAUAUCCACCCAUCCACCCAUCCAUCCAUCCUUCCAUCCACCCACCCAUCUAUCUAUCCAUCCUUUCACCCACCCAUCCAUCCACCCACCCAUCCACCCAUCCUUCCAUCCAUCCAUCCACCCACCCAUCUAUCUAUCCACCCUUCCAUCCAUCCAUCCACCCACCCAUCCAUCCAUCCAUCCAUCCCUCCACCUACCCAUCCAUCCACCCACCCACUCACCCAUCCAUCCACCCACACAUCCACCCAUCC